GUUGCCUGCUAGAAGGUACCUAAUCUCACUCGGGGGUGUUUUAGAGUAGUUUUCUAACCAGGGAAUGACAUUAACUUAUUAGCUAGCUGAUCUAAGAAUUGUCGAAGAGUUCACUAUUGUCAUCCUCACCUCCAUGCCACCGCUCCUCGAAGCAACAUGCAACUCCAUCAACUAUAGCUAUGUAGUAUAUGUAUAUAUAUCAGAUAGCUAGGCGGGUACGGGGGCUGUAACAGUAUUACCAGCGCCAUGAUUUAUUACAUCGCAAUCCACUUACUGAUUAGUUACUGACAUGUGCUUUUCCUGCUCCAUCUUCCACCGCCCCCCCGCCGCCUCCAGAAGAACCAUUAACUAUUUCUUUUCUUUUCUUCUCCGUUUUCUUUUCCGUCGCUCUCUUCUUCUUCUUCUUCUUCUUCUUCUUCUUCGUUGUCUGUCACAUCAUCUCUCUGCGAAUCCCUCCAACAGUCUCUCCUAUCAAUCCGCUCGCUCCCUUCCUCCAGCUUGGGAUAAUUCGCCUCUCUCCUCCUUCCUCUCCGUCUUAUAAUUGCGACCAUCCCCCCACAGUUUUAUUUUAUUUCUUUUUUUAAAAAAAAAGCUAAACGAGGCCACGCACACAAAAGAAACCACCGCUAUGUUCUCGUCGAAAAGUCCAGUCGAGGUCAACGGCCUGGCAUAUGCCCAACCCCCUCCAAAGGGCACCCCGGAAUCGGUCGCUCUCCCCGGCACCGAAAAGCCUGGACGCUCCAGGGUAUACCGCCAUUGGAAGGUUGGCAGUGGGGAACUAGUCAAGACGCUAGAUCCUAAGGUUCUCACUGGCCAUGAUAUGUUCGAGUCAAGUGCCAACCGAUACCCCAAGAACCACUGCCUCGGAUCUCGUGCCUGGGACCCCGUUACAAAGACCUGGGGCGCGUACCGGUGGGUGGAUUACCAAACCGUCAAGCAACGCCGUGCUGCUUUGGGUGUAGGCUUGGUCGAGCUUCAUAACCGCGUUGGUGUUCAGGGGAAGCAAUACGGUGUUGGCCUCUGGUGCCAGAAUCGACCGGAAUGGCAACUCACAGACCUGGCCUGCAUGUCUCAGUCACUAUACACCGUCUCGUUGUACGAGACUCUCGGACCAGAUGCUACGAAAUAUAUCAUUAACAACGCCGAGCUCACCUGUGUGGUCACUUCGCUGCCCCAUGUUGCCACUUUAAUCGAGCUGAAAAAAGAAUUGCCGUCGUUGCAACUAGUCGUCUGCAUGGAUCCAUUAGACGCUGGUGAACCAGAAGGCCACACCAAGCGAGACAUCCUUGUGCCGCUAGCCGCCGCAGUGGGCUUGCAGAUUUACUCCCUGUCCGAGGUCGAAGAACUGGGUGCUUCGUUGAACCGCCCUUACAACCCCCCUACCCCUAAUGACAUUAUUACCAUCAACUACACUUCCGGCACCACGGGCAAUCCGAAGGGAGUCGUCCUCACCCACGGAAAUGCCGUGGCCGGUGCCUCGUCCGGCUUGAGCACCUGCAUGCACUACCCCACGGACGUCCUCAUCUCCUACCUCCCCCUCGCCCAUAUCUUCGGACGUCUCAUGGAACACAUGAUGCUGUGGGUUGGCGGCAGCAUCGGCUAUUUCCACGGCAACAUCCUCGAGCUCGUCGACGACCUAAAAACCCUCAAGCCCACCAUGAUGGCCUCUGUCCCGCGCCUCUACAACCGCUUCGGCGGUGCCAUCCGCGCCUCCUCCGUCGAAGCCCCAGGUUUCAAGGGCACGCUAUCCCGACACAUCGUGAAUGCCAAAACCGCCAACAUCGAGCGAUCCGACAACCCCACCAACAAGCACAUGCUCUACGACCGCAUCUGGUCGAAAAAGGUCAGCGCAGCCAUUGGCUUCGACCGCAUGCGCAGUAUGGUCUCCGGCUCCGCACCGCUCGACAAAUCCCUCCACCAAUUCCUCCGCAUCGCCUUCGCCUGCGACAUCAUGCAGGGUUACGGCCUUACUGAAAGCUACGCAACAAGUCUCUGCCAAAGCUCGAACGACCUCACCGCAGGCCACUGCGGCUCGCUGCACGCCAGCAGCGAAGCGUGCCUCCUCUCACUACCCGACAUGGAGUACUCUAUCGACGACAAACCCUACCCGCGCGGCGAGCUCCUGCUCCGCGGCGAAAGCCUUGUUCAAGGAAUACUACAAGAACCCCGAAGAGACCGCCAAGGCCAUGACGGAGGACGGCUGGUUCCGCACCGGUGACGUCUGCCAGGUCGACCACCUAGGCCGAUUCACCAUCAUCGACCGGCGCAAGAACCUGCUCAAGCUCGCGCAGGGCGAGUACAUCUCCCCCGAGCGGCUGGAGGGGAUCUACCAGACCGCAUGCUCCUACCUGGCGCAGGCGUUUGUGCACGGCGACAGCGUGGAGACAUCGCUGGUGGCGAUCAUGGGGGUGCAGCCCGAUACGUUUGCGGCGUUUGCGGGCCGCGUGCUGAAGAAGGACAUUGGGCCGGAGGAUAUGGACGCGAUCCGCGCCGCGGCGGCGAAUGAGAAGGUCGUGCGUGCCGUGCAGGAGGAUUUGGAUCGGGCGGGGAAGAAGUAUAACCUCGCGGGCUUUGAGAAGGUGAAGGCUAUCGCGUUGCUUGUGGAACCGUUCUCGGUCGAUAACGGGUUGUUGACGCCAACCCUCAAACUCAAACGCCCCCAGGCUGUGCGCAUGUACCGCGAGCUCCUCGACGAGCUAUACACGCGGGUACCUGCGCAGAGCAAUGGCCUAACCAUCAACGCCAAGUUGUAACACCCCCCUCUUCGUACCACAAUCGCAAAGCACAAACAUAGUGCACAAAGCACAGCUCCCGUCUUGUAUCGCCCAUCCACUCGCUCUUAUUCCUAACAAACGUGCCUCAUCGCAUAUUUACGGGGGGAAGUUCGGUAUAUAUAUAUCCCCCCUGCCUCAUCAUUCCGCAUUCCGCUCACAACAUAGCGUGGUUGCUCGGGAUCGUGUUUGUGUUUGUGUUUGUGUAAUGCCACACGCACACCAUGCCACGCCACGCCACAUAAAAACGUGUCAUGAUGUACAGAGUACACUGACAAAAGCUCUGUUUGGGUGUGAUACAUCAUGUAGAUAUAUAUCUACUUUUCUUCCUACCCUUUUCCAUUUCGUCUUAUGUCUUAUACAUACAUACCUGUCACAUUCCAUAUUCUCCCCGUAGGCGGGUUGAUAUAUAACAUAUAUAUAUACCUACCUAGAUUCAUCAGUUUUUCUUUUGCUUUUAUUUUUUCGGUUUUCGUGUUAUUUAUUAUCAUUUAGUUGAGUUCUUUUUUUCUCAUUUUUCGUUUUCUCGUUUUUGUAAUGUAUAUCUCGUUAUCUCUUUUUCAGAUGAACAUAUUUUGUGUCAAUUGUAUAUAUAAAUAUAUAUUACUUCCAUAUAAGGACGUGCAUGCAUAUAUAAACCCCGUACAGUACAGUACAUACCUGUGUACUAUAACUAUACUACUCUACUACUAUGUAAAACAUGAAACGUCGGAGAUUUUAAAAUUCAAAACUCAGAAACAGAAAGCAGAAUAUCAAAGCCAUGCGUGUCCUUCUAAUAACAGUUAUUAUUAAGAACUAGACUCCGUAAACUUAACCCAUU